ACCUUGUCCACUUUCCUCUUGGACUUCGUUGGAGAAGGAUCAGCGACUCUCCCUGGCACGUAGACACCGAUUUUUUUUGCACUUCUAAGUAAUUCCUGCCGCUGGGACACCUCACACGCGGCACGUCAAGGAAGAUAGCCCUGCUCUGGCAUGGGACGUGUGUGUGAGGUGAAGCCCAAGGGAUCAGCGGAAGAAGAGUUUGAGGUGCUGGACGUCAGAGGCACAGCGGCAGAUACAAUGACGUGGGUUCAGCGUUUCGUCCACGACCUCACAAGGGAACCUGUCGCCAAGCAGGUCGCUGUUGGGGGCGUCUCCGGAUGGGUGGUGGGGUACCUGUCCAUGAAAGUGGGCAAGGUGGCAGCGACGGUGGUGGGCGGAAGCUUACUGGUGAUGCAGCUUGCCGCCCACAAGGGAUACAUCAAGGUAGACUGGAAUAGAGUCAACCGCGACCUUGAACACAAUGCGCGGAAGCUGAAGAGAGAGGUGGAGUCGAAUGUGAAUCCCAGAGUGGCAGAUGAGGACCCCAUGCAGAGCGCCGCUCGCCGCCUGGACCGUUCAUUAGAGAAGGCUGCCGACAGACUGGAGCGCACAAUGAACAGAGCUGAACACCGCGCAGACUCCUGGUUUGGCAAGAAGAUGGAUUCCGCCCGCCGCCUGUACCGCAGACACAUUUUGGGCGACACCAGCCGGGUCAGCGUGGAUGAGAUGUACAUGCUAAACAUGUACGUUAUGGCCUUCACUGCCGGCACCAUGCUUGGGGUCGGCACUGCUAAAAUACUGUAAUUAUGCCUGCUGUUGAUGUGACUUAUUGGAAGACACGGUUUGGCGGAGAUACUGUAAUGAUGCCAGUGCUUAUCAACGCUUCCCUUCCUGUUAUUGGUGAUCCAAGAAGCCUUUGCUGGCCACAUUGCUGCUUCCUCUCUUUACUCGUGCUUGGGGUCUCUCUCUCUCUCUCUCUCUCUCUCUCUCUCUCUCUCUCUCUCUCUCUCUCUCUCUCUCUCUCUCUCUCUCUCUCUCUCUCUCUCUCUCUCUCUCUCUGUAUUAGUAGUUUGUUUUUUUCUUCUUUUUCUUGCUUAUUUUGGUAUAAUUUUUCUCUCCCACACAGUAUUAGCAGUGGUUUGUCUUUUCUCUUGUUUUUUCUUGUGUAGGUUUCUGGUUUAAUGUUCCUCUCACACUUCUGCCUUUUUCUGUUAGUUCUCUUUUUUUUUUUUUUUAUUGGAUUUUCCUCUACAGAUUUCUGGUAUAAUGUUUCUCUCUCUCUCUCUCUCUCUCUUGGUUUCUUCAACAUGCCUACUUCUUGUUGUAGUCUUGUUGUUUCACUUAAUUUAUGAUUAUUUUUCCCAGGGACUUUUCAUUAAACCUUUUCACUUCCUUUCACAACUGUUUCCAUGUCAUAUAAUUUGCUAUCCUUAUAUUUUCUUCCUUUUCCUUCGUCUGGUUACUUGUUUCAUUCUUCCUGUGUUCAUUUUUACCUUAUUUGUGGCUUUCUUUAUUUCUCUUCUCAUGACAACUUGCUUCAUUCCAACUGUCUUCACUUUCACCUCAGUCAUUUUUCUUCCUUUCCUGUCUCGUGUUCUGUUGGUGACUUGUCCAGUGUUCCAGCCUUGACAGAUCUGCAGGUGUUCAUGUGUGUACCCAAUGGUGUUCCUUGGGUAUCUCAUCACCUUUAGUUUGUUUAGUUGCUGUGUGUAUUGCAGUAGUUCAUGGUGUAUACUUUGAGAAUUAUAACUGGCUGCAUACUUUUUUUUUAUGUAUAUUUUUAGAGGAAACACAAUACUGGCUGACUUUAUUAUCGGACUUUACGUUUCCUUAUAAAAAUGACAUCUGUUCACAAAGUAUUCAGUCUUAGGCAGGGAGAUACACAGCUUAACUUCACUGUACCUCCUAUGAUAUUGAUAAACUUGUUACUGUACCACCUGUUGAUAUAUAAGGCUCUCUUUGGCUUGAUGACCUUGUUACUGUACCACCUGUUGAUAUUGUAAGGCCCUUUGUGGCUUGAUAAACUUAUCUUGGUGGUUCUUGCAUUGGUGGAAACUUUUGUAUACAUGUUGGAGUGGCUGUCAGGUGCUGCACACAUCCAGGUCAUCACUAAUGUGUGUGCCGCGGCCUGCCACUUACUGACCCCUCCAGUAAGGCAGUAAGUUGCAUGCAUCUCUGAUAAAAUAAGUAUCAGCUAUCUUGGGUCAGAGGAUGUAUGAAAUGCUUCAUCUCUUACUCAUUUGGAAGUGUUGGCAGGCCUGUCUGCUUCACAGGAAUGGUAGAGUUGCCAUGUAUGUUACUGUGUAAGGGGUGUCUGUUCCUACUUGGCACCUCUCAUGUCAGUAGUACCAACAUCUGUGUCGUUUCCUUUACUCUUUUUUAUCACGGGUACAGUAAAGCUUACCAACACCCUUGCCUCUGCUCCUUUGUGUUGCAUCAGACUCUGAGGAAAGAUAAUGGUUGGGUACUUUUUGAACAGGUCUUGUAAUUCAGUGUUUGUGUUGUGCUGCGCUGGAUGGCUGUGUUUAUCUUCCAGGAGGCCGACACUGAUGGCUUUGUUUUCCGCGUCUCCAAAGAUUAAGAGUCUAAUGCCUCGUAAAACCAUAUUUGGAACAUGUCUGCACCACGCCACUACUUUCAAAAGGCUGUAGUUGAAGUUGUACAUGUUUUCAAGGGUAUUUUUACAGUUCUGGUGACAGAUUAAUAAGGUUUCUGCAUUACGAACUGGUGAAACACCCUUGAGGACCCAGCUAAUCUGUGGCCUUUGAAAAUAGUUUUGAUGAGAGACUCGAGUUUCUGGAUGUGUUCCUUAGCCACACCCCAAGUUCCUGAGCUUAGGAUAUUUAUUAUACGAAGAUGGUUGUGAACUGCACCUCUCUUGAACUUAAUCUCUGUCCAGUAGCAAAAAAACUUCCUCUUGUUCUUGUAAGCUCAUUUUUCCUGUAAUACACACUCAUGUCAAGUAAAUUCAUGCUUAUUUCUGCCACGUUCUCUUUCCUCAUUGUGGCAAAUUUCCUGUCUGAGUGUGUCCAGUUUCUAGUUUGUCUGUGUGAUUCUCUGCGGUAGAAAUUUUUUUCCCUCAUUGCUCAGUCUUACCAAUAUGACAGUCGGGUAUCCAUAAAACAUUUUCUGGAGUGUUAGCCUUGCCUCUACCGGCUUUAAUGUACACUUGUUAAUUAGACUUCACUCAACUGUAGUCUGUAGCCAAACAAUAUGAGUGGUUUAAAGUCAGCCACUGUUAGAACCUCAGUCUUCUUGUUUGUUGUAGUCUUGGUUCAUAAGUAGAGAGCUGAGUCUUCUUGUUUGUUGUAGUCUUGGUUCAUAAGUAGAGAGCUGAGUAAGGUGAGGAGGGACUAGUGGCAUUGUAAGCUCCAAAUACUUGGCACUAUAUUGCCAACUGUCAGUUACACCAAAGUGUUUUUUACCCAAAGAGGUGUUUUUACAUAGCAAAGUGACUAAUAAACUGUAACUGAGCAGGAAUUUAACAAAACAGACCACCUUAACACAGCCUCUGAUCUUUCGACUAGCUAGAAACACCUUGACAGAAAUACCAUCACAUAGAAAUGUUUAUACAGAUUGUGGAUGGCAAGGUCAGAAUAUUUAUUUAUUUUUUUUAUUGACUUUAUGGUGUUUGUUGGCUUAAUUCCUGAAGGCCUGCAUGAUGAGCCUUCAGUGGCGUAGGCAGGGGAGUGUGGAGUGUAGAGGGUGACACUGACAUAAUUUUUGGUACCAUUGCUCUUAAGAUGUUCUCAAAUACAUCUAUAAAUAUCUAUAAAUAUUGCUAUUAGUCUUCAGGUGUUCUCAGAUUCACUCAUAUUCACUUUGGUACCACUGGUUUUCAGGUGAAAGAAAUGCAUACUUGUGUUAUCAGUAUUGAGCUUAUUGCCUCCACUCAAUUUCUUAGGGUUACUUAAAUUAGAAGUCCAGUGUUGGUUCAGGAAGAUAAUGAGAGGAUUUUGACUUUGGGUAAUAUUCCUGUAAUUAUUUCCUCGGCUAUUGGGACGCACAAGACACUAAUUAAUCCAUGUGUUAUCAGAAGUCUCGUGUGUUUGUCAGUCUGUAUAUAAUUUAAUCUCAGAGUGAAUUGAGGUAUAAGUAACUGUUGUAUCCUUCACUGACCGGAUACCAUAUCAUAUUAGUGGUAAGGUUAUGAUUCUGUGAGGCUCAAGGGGGGGCUGCUUUAAGUACAGAUGACAGGCAUUGAACUCAGCCAGUAUUACAACACCAAAUAUUACUGUGAAGUGUUGACAGUGAAGCUAAGCCGAUCCUUACACACACACACACACACACACACUAACACAAAUACUCCCUAAUGUCAAAUACUGUAUUCUGAACUAUAGCAAAAACCUACAUUGCAAUAUCUAACAAGAAUGCACGUGCCUUUUCAAGUUGACGGAAUAUGAAAAAUUUAAAAACCCACCCUGUUACAUCCCAUUUCUCUCAAUGUAGAUGUUGGAACUUGUAAAUAUGCAGUUGGUGGUGAGGCGCAGGCUGUCCAAGAUUUAGCGUAAGGGAGAGGCCGGAUGUUAUCAAGUGUUCCAGUACUGUACUUAGUCUACUUAGCCAUGUAAUCAGUCUAGUCUGUGAUUUGUUUUAUACAGUAAAGUUAGCCAACUCAACAA